AUGUGCUUUAGUUUUAUCUGUCUUUGGACUGUUUUUCUUAUUAUUGUAUUCCCCUUCUAUAUACUAAGUUACCCGAUCCUUACAGGAAGGGAAAGAAUAAUAUCAUCAAUUGCGUUUAAUGUACUUUUCCAUGCAUUGAUUUUCAUUUUUGCCAUUCUUGUUUUGUAUAAUACAAAAUCUUUAUCUCUUCUAUUAAAGCAUUACCAUUUCACAUGGAUACUGUUACAUUACUUUGUUUGCCAGAAGAUCAAGAAAAAGGCUUAUGUGACCAUUCAAAAUUAUCAAAACUUGCAUGUUCGUACAGAUUGUUAUUUUAGAUACUCGAUAUUCAGUACGCGUCUAGUUUACUAUAAAUGCAGAGAAAGUUGGAUAAGAAAGACCUAUUGGGUAAACUAGAUAACGAUCAACAUACACA